UCCGGGGCAGCAGCCCCCCAAGGUGAGGCAGGACCAGGUCUUGCCGCCGGCCUGGCCUGCAGGGAAGUCCACUUCUGUCCUGCACCCCGGAGCUUCCGGGGAUGGAUAACCAUGUGGCAAAGCGCCCUUCCUGUAAAUGACAGCAGCUGAUGCAAAGUUGGGCCUUUGGGUUUCUUUCUUAAAAAAAAAAAAUAAAAUAAAAUAAUGCUGUGCCAAGAGGCAGACAGUGUGGCUUUAGAUUGUCUCUCAAACGGGGAAGCCCAGGCUCCUUUCUCCCCAUCCCCACACUCAUCAUCCCCCAACGGAGGCCUGAGUCCCAGCCGGUGGCCCUGGUGUCACUGGAAUGACCUGCCUCCUGCUGGAAGCCCCCGCCCGCCGCUCGCUCCGGCAGCCCCCGCCACCGGCCUGCAGUUUGUCUGCGCGCGGGGUGACGCGGUUGACUGUGGAGGCACCACGUUUCCUCGGACGGAGAGGGAGGGGUUGCUGCGUCUCCUGGUGCCGGCUCGCGCAGAGAGCAAAUAGAAUUUGAUUUUUUAAAAAACCCCUUUAAGAAGAAGAAGAAGAAAAAAAGGCAAAAGUGCUGCCUCAUUGCUCCUCCGGCUGAUUUCAUUUGCUCCCUGGAAGAUGCCUCCGGCCCCGGGCCCCUUAGCGCACCGCGGGCGGGCGUGUGCGUUCCUCGGGGCCGCUCACUCUCCCUGCUUUCUGGUGCCUGGAGCCAGCCCGCCCAGCCCGCGCCCGCGGCCUCCCCACCAUGUAUGACUCCUUCCUCCCGCUCACUCCUGCUCUGCCUCUGCCUGGCCCCCCCUCCGAGCCCCAUUGUGCCGUGCCCGCCUAUCCCGUUAGCCUGCCCCCCCAGCUGCCUCGCUCCUCCUGCGCCCCGUGCUGCCUCGCUCCCUCCAUGCUGCCCGGAUCCCGCGAGCUGGGUGAUUAAUUGGCUCUGAUGAUGAGCGUCCCCGGCGCAGGAGCAGCCGCGGUGAUGAUGACGGGUCACAAUAAUGGUCGCUAUCCCCGGAAUUCUCUCUGCAGUGACUGCAUCAUCGAGGACAAGACGGUGGUCCUGCAGAAAAGGGACAAUGAGGGCUUUGGGUUUGUCCUGCGAGGGGCGAAAGCGGACACGCCCAUUGAGGAAUUCACGCCGACGCCGGCGUUCCCGGCCCUGCAGUACUUGGAGUCUGUGGAUGAAGGCGGGGUAGCAUGGCAAGCCGGACUGAGGACUGGGGACUUCUUGAUCGAGGUCAACAGUGAGAACGUCGUGAAGGUGGGCCACCGGCAGGUGGUGAACAUGAUCCGUCAGGGAGGGAAUCACCUCGUCCUCAAAGUGGUCACGGUGACCAGGAAUCUCGACCCGGACGACACCGCCAGGAAGAAAGCUCCCCCGCCUCCGAAGCGCGCCCCGACCACGGCCCUCACGCUGCGCUCCAAGUCCAUGACGUCGGAGCUGGAGGAGCUCGUGGAUAAAGCCUCCGUCCGGAAAAGGAAGGAUAAGCCCGAGGAGAUAGUCCCCGCCCCCAAGCCAUCCCGGACGGCAGAGAACAUGGCCGUGGAGUCCAGGGUGGCCACCAUCAAGCAGCGGCCCACCAGCCGGUGCUUCCCACCGGUCUCGGACAUGAACUCCGUGUAUGAACGCCAGGGGAUCGCCGUGAUGACACCCACUGUUCCCGGAAGCCCGAAAGGCCCAUUUCUGGGCCUCCCUCGAGGUACGAUGCGAAGGCAGAAAUCAAUAGACAGCAGAAUCUUUCUAUCAGGAAUCACGGAGGAGGAGCGGCAGUUCCUGUCCAAAGCCCAGCGGCCGGAGGGCGGCCCCGCGGCGCCUCCCACGAGCGGCGUGGCCGCCGGCCCCGAGAGCUACGUCCACCCGCUCACGGGGCGGCCGCUGGACCCCAGCUCCCCGCUGGCCCUGGCGCUGUCCGCGAGGGACCGAGCCAUGAAGGAGUCCCAGCAGGGCCCCAAGGGGGAGGCCCCCAAGGCCGACCUCAACCAGCCUCUGUACAUCGACACCAAAAUGCGGCCCGGCCUGGAGGUCGGCUUCCCUCUGGGCGCGAGGCAGAACACACGGGGGCCCCUGAGGCGGCAGGAGACGGAGAACAAGUACGAGAGCGACCUGGGCAGAGACCGGAAGGGCGACGACAAGAAGAACAUGCUGAUCAACAUCGUGGACACGUCCCAGCAGAAGUCGGCCGGUCUGCUGAUGGUUCACACGGUGGACGCUGCCAAGCCGGAAGACUUCCUGGAGGAAGAGGAUGAGCAAGCGGACGUGGAAAUGAAGCCAGAUAACUCGCCGCCUGAGGUGCCAGAAGGUGUUCCCCAAACCGAAGGUGCUUUACAGAUCUCCGCCGGCCCCGAGCCCGCCGCCGCCGCCAGGACCGUGGUGACGGCGGGCUCCGUGGAGGAGGCGGUGAUCUUGCCAUUCCGCAUCCCUCCCCCCCCUCUGGCCUCCGUGGACCUGGACGAGGAUUUUGUUUUUACAGAGCCAUUGCCUCCGCCCCUGGAGUUUGCAAACAGUUUUGAUAUCCCCGACGACCGCAUUGCUUCUGUCCCCGCUCUCACAGACCUGGUCAAGCAGAAGAAAAAUGACGCCUCCCCGUCCCCUUCAUUGAACUCCAGCCAACCACCCAACUCUGCAGACGGUAAGCAGCCGGCUGGCCUUUCAAACUGUCUGCCUGCCUCAUUCCUGCCCCCGCCUGAAAGCUUUGACACUGUCACAGACUCUGGGAUCGAGGAGGUGGACAGCCGGAGCAGCAGCGACCACCACCUGGAGACCACCAGCACCAUCUCCACAGUGUCGAGCAUCUCCACCCUGUCCUCCGAAGGCGGGGAGAAUGUGGACACCUGCACCGUCUAUGCAGACGGACAGGCGCUGAUGGCUGACAAACCCCCCGUCCCUCCCAAGCCGAAAAUGAAGCCCCUCCUCCCCAAAAGCAAUGCACUUCACCAGGACGCGCUCGUGGAAGAGGACGUGGAUAGCUUUGUCAUCCCCCCACCUGCACCCCCACCGCCGCCCGGCGGUGCCCAGCCCACGACCAUGAAGGGGAUUCAGCCAAGGACCUCUAAGUUGUGGGGUGAUGUCUCGGAGGUCAAGAGCCCCAUUCUCUCAGGCCCAAAGGCAAACGUGAUCAGCGAAUUGAACUCGAUCCUGCAGCAAAUGAACCGAGAGAAAUCAGCCAAGCCGGGGGAAGGACUAGACUCGCCGACGGGGACCAAGCUGGCCGGCCUCGCUCCAAGAAGCCCAGAGGUCAUGACCGUCUCAGGUACACGGAGCACGACAGUCACCUUCACCGUUCGCCCUGGGACCUCCCAGCCCAUCACCCUGCAGAGCCGGCCCCCCGACUAUGACAGUAGGACCUCAGGAACAAGACGUGCCCCAAGCCCUAUGGUCUCGCCAACAGAGCUGAACAAAGAGAUUCUGCCUGGCCCCCUGUCCGCUGCCGCCGCAUCUCCUUCCCCUUCUCUCUCCGAUGUCUUCAGCCUUCCGAGCCAGCCCCCUUCCGGGGACCUGUUUGGCUUGAACCCAGCGGGACGCAGCAGGUCACCGUCUCCCUCGAUACUGCAACAGCCAAUCUCAAAUAAGCCUUUUACAACUAAACCUGUCCACCUGUGGACUAAACCAGACGUGGCGGAUUGGCUGGAAAGUCUCAACUUGGGUGAACACAAGGAGACCUUCAUGGACAACGAGAUCGAUGGCAGCCACUUACCAAACCUUCAGAAGGAAGACCUAAUAGAUCUGGGGGUGACUCGCGUCGGACACAGAAUGAACAUCGAAAGGGCUCUGAAACAGCUGCUGGACAGAUAAGGGUGGCUGCUCCUGACCUUUACAGACUUCUUAUAAGUAGAGAUGGGCUUACACUGAGAUGUUUGGGAGGCCAAGCAAGGCCUGAGAGCUCCAACCCCACUCCACGGGUGUGUCUCCUGGUACCCAAAGAAAUGCUGGGUGUGCUCAUGACACAGCUGAGCGAAGGCCCCGAAACUCCCCCACUCGCUCUCUGUGGGGGUUUCUUGGGCUGUUCUGUCCACCGGGACAAGGGGCGGGAGUUUUUCUAACUUGGGAAGGAAUUCACAGCUGGCACCCCAGCACGCAGGUGACCUCACUUUGCCGGGCCCAGGAGACUCCCGUCCAUGAGCUCGGGGCCUGGCCCUUGCAGGCAGACGCCAUGUACUCCAGAUACCUCCUGAGACCUCCCUCCUCUGCUCUCGGGGCAACCGUGGUACCCCAGGCCCCGCACGGGCCUGCCUCAGGCUGGGGCCCCUCGGACGGCGCUCAGCACUCAUGCGCUUUCUUCCCUGUCCUUCGCUGUGCAGUGAGGCGCCCCACGUGUUUGUCCGGUGCCUCUUCUGGGCCUGAAUGGUGGAGGAGCUGUUUCCCUGUAGAUUCUUGAGCUUCCCCCUCCUGCGAUGUGCAUCCACAGUUCUUGACCAUGAGGGUCUUGGUGGUGGUGGGAGUUUGAACGGGAUCGUGCCGGCUUUGCUUAGCUUUCUUUCUUUAUUUCUGCACAUCUCUUAGCAUAAUUCCGAAGUGGCCAAACAGAUGUCACGUGGAGUUAGUCAAAGCACAAAGUCACGAUUCCAAGCAGGAGGGGAGACCUGGCUGUGGGAACCAGCCAGCAUGCAGCUGCCUGGGUCCAGUCUCGAGGACGAGAGUAGCUAUCUGCCAGGAGUGCCCGUCCAGGACUGAGGCCGGGGAUCCCCGCCAUUCCGAAUCUGUUUAAAAUCGAAAGUGUGUUGAAUUCUGUAAAGAUCAAAGCAGGCAAGCUCCCACUUUGGCACAAAGGACGAGCCGCCAGGUUGGUGGGGGGGGCCUGUGCUGCUGCCAGCCACCCGCUCUCUCCACCGGGACCUGGGCAGGCGCAGUGAGCUCCGUUCUAAGCCCGGCCAAGGGUAAGUCAGCAUCUCAGCUGAGCCACUCAGCAUCUCUGAACAGCCCUUUUGCUCUCUGAGGCCAGGGAAGGUGGGUACUUCGGGGGUCUGCCCCUUUCUUUCUGAGAGUCCAAGAGCCCCAGCAGCUUGUCUUACUUGUAAGUACAGCGGGUUUUUUGAGAGCCCAGAGGGUAUGGCAGGACCCAGGCUUGAGACGAGAAGGUGGGCUGCAGAGCAGAUAAAUGGAGACACAGCAGACCAGUCUCCUGGACGCCCGGCGGGCCUCUGGCCAGGCUUUCUCGAGCCCCGUCGCUUUCUUUUCCCUGGAGUGCCCCCUCCCCUGUAACAAUACCUCUGAUUUCCAAGGGAGGUCGCCAAUUGCACAUGGGCCGCAAAACAUCCAGUCAGGCUUCCAGCACAUUCUGUCACAUUUGGAAGAAACUCGAAUGUCAGGUUUUUGGCUUUUAUUAUGAUUUCAGAACUAGCCUAGCCCAUCUCUAAUUAUAAAAACAUGAUUUUUUUCCUUUUUUAUGCUCACAAUCAAGUGUCUGAUUAGGUCUGGAACAGCUCUAGAAUGAACACGUAAAAUUUAGCAAUUUAAAAUCUUUCUUUCCUGCAAGUUUAAAUAGUUGUACAGAUAGUUUAUAAGCACAAUAUUUUAAGAAAAAAAAAGUGGCUGGUCUACUAGGCAGCCUUUGUGCCACUUCAGUGCUAGAAAGUUAAAGAAAAACAACUUUUGUGAUUUAAUAAUACUAUUUCUGUGGAAUAAUUCUAAAAGUAUGACCUUUUUAAAAUCAACCUUAUUUGGACGCAUCUGAACCAGCAGAGCUGUGUUAUAUUUUAUAUCUUUGCUAGAACUUCAUCACUGAAGGAUAAUUAUUUCCUCAAAAGUGGUUACAACUCACAAUGCAGCAGUUUCUCCAAAAACACACACACACACUCACACACCACGAUUUCCCAGCCACAUGCCCCAGAAUUGGAAACCGAGUUUCGGACCUUCCUCUCUGUUCCAAAACCUUUUGCACAUCAAUCUUUUGUCUUUGACUGAUCCGAUCCAACCUGAAAUCAAUUGAAUGUUAAGGCACGGUACCUCCAUGUCCCUUCAAUUUUUCCAUCACGAAAUGAAUAUCACUCUAGAGAAAUUUCAAACCAAGAUGCAGUCGGUGGGCUGCCGAGGCUGCCCAGUAGUUCGGAACACGUCAAGGUGGUGGUUUGGCCAUUAUUCGUCUUCCAUUUGGUAACAGGCAAAACCCCAUCAGUUCACCACUGCACCACAAUGGCGCUUUUCUCCUUCUCCUCCCGUUGGCAUUACCUCUAUGCUCAGUGUCGGGCACACAGCUAGACAGAAUGGGAGUCAAGGAAACCACUGGGAGAUCAUAACUGAUCGCAAUGGUGGCUUUCGGUUUCCUGAACUUUGGUAGCCAGUCGGUGCGAGCUGGCUAUUACUCCCUUUUCUGAGACUUCAAGCCACCUGCAGCCAACCAGGCGCCAGCAGGUGCUGAUGAAGUUGUUUAUUUUUACACUGUCUUAUAGCACUGUAACAGAACCCAUCAGACCCUGCACUGACCGACAAAAUAAACACACAUGGCCAAGAUGGACCAGUCCCACUCCAUUUGUGGAUUUCAUCACACAAAGCAAUAGUUCCCCAUUCAAACCGCCACCCACUGUUCUCCCCCUCGGGACACGUUAGGACCAGGCCCUAGUACACAACCCUCUUUAAUGGUGGAACAAAUGUUAAACUGCUCACAUAAAAACCAUGUUAAUACUACCCCAGGUUUUCAGAUCAACUUUUGUUAUAUACUGUAAUUUAAAUAAAUUGCAUUUACAUGCCUACUUUCUGUAAUAUUGUGUAUACAAACCAAAAUCUCUCGAGAUGUAAAUUAUGUAUACCGGCCAAGAUACCUUCUCCAGGGUAUCUGUGCAUUUUAAGUUAACACACAAUAUAAAAAUGACUCAAUGUGACUGUUGAUUUGCCGAACUUUACAUAUCACAAAGUGAAUUAUUUGUGGUAUUUUAGUUAAUAAAAUGGUGAUUUUUUUUUCCUGAGUUAUUGAGCAAGCAAGCACUACCCAGGUGAUUUGGCAAUGACUUUUUUUGUGUGGUCCACAAAUAAUUGAUUUUUUUUCCAUUAGCAAAUUUUUUUUUGUUUUUUAGAAACUGUUUCACAUUAUAGUUUGUGUAACAUGUUCACAUUAUCUAUGUUUCUGUUACUUUUGUGCUUUUAUUCUUUUUCAACUUUAUUAAAAACAGAAAAUAAGCUCCUGUAAUUUGCACUUUCUCCCAAUCCUUAAAUCUCUUGUAUGGCAACCAAAAUUACUGUAAAAAAAUAAAUAUACUAUUGCACUAAGGUUGUGGUUCUGAUUGCAAACAGUGAUAACUGAAUUAAACAAAAAGUUGCCAAACUUGCAAUCUAAUGUAGGUUAUUUGAACAGCAUAGCCUCUUUACCUCUGUCAAAUGGACCAGGCGAUCUUCCGUCAGAGUAAAAAUUCUUUCAUUGAGCUUAUUUGCCUUGGUUCCUUUUCCCUUCAUGGAUUCCCAAUGUGUAGGCGGCAACAUGAUCAGCACAGAACUGGAAAUGCUGACGUGGCCGUCUGUGGCCGCUGCUGUCAGAGGGCAGCUGAAGCUUGGUUUGCCUCUGGUUUCGGGAUGGAGGCUGGGGAGUCAUGGGAGAGUGAGCUAGGCUGGCGCUUUCUCCUGGGAGGAGAGGUCUUCCCCAUACCCACAACCUGUCUUCUUGCUGUCAAGCCAUGAGGGUUCAGAACGGGGCAGCCUGUCUGGCCAACGUAAAGAAACAGUGUCUUGCUAAGCAAGCACGCACUGAGGCUCGGGGCAGGAGAACGCAUGUCCUUGGAAAAGCGCUGUCGGGAGACAUGGGCUCCCCUCCCACUGCAGGGAGGCGUAUUUUAAACUUCAAAUUGAACCUCUUCUUUGGCCUCUUCAGUGAAAAGUUGUCAUUAGCUCCCAGACAGUCUCUUCUAUUUGGGCACCUUCUCCACUAUGUUUCAAUGUUCAUAAAAAUUUCCAGUCUUCGUACCUCACUUACGUCCUCCUGCCUCACCCACCGUCCAGGGUUUCUCCCAGAUCUUCACCACCCCCAGCUUCACCUCCCAAUGGUUUCCCUCUAGAGCUCUUUUCCUAGAUAAAUGCAUCCGUUUCUCGUUAAGAAAAAAUUGUUGGAAGACUUUUAUCUUUUACUUGUACUUUGAGGCAUUUUAAUAACUGGGGAACUGGAAUGUCGUUCCGUAUUUGUAGAUAUCCACGUACACACGCAAGUGUGUGGAAAUCCCACCGCGGCUGGGUGAGCACAGCAGCGGCGUGGACACAGGACCGCCUGCACGUGCUUUGUGGGCAAGUGGGUAAUUUCCAAACCUGUUUCUCAGACUUCAGCAGACCUGAUCACUUCAAUUUUUAAUUCACGCUGUAUCAGUGAUUUUGUUUAUUGUUCCUGUAAAUGUUUCUACAUUUCACAGUCUUUACUGUUUUGUGUUUAAAAUUACAACAAUCACUGUCCAUUGCUUCUACUCUGGAACUCUUUGUCUAUAGCAAUUCUGGAACUUUAAUAUGAGCCUUCAAAUAAAUACAGAAACAAAAAAAA